AUGCUCUUUGGCCGACUCACCGCGGCGCUCAACCGUCUUCGUCUCGCUAUGACCGUAGCCGUGCACCCCGCGUCUCCCAUCACCGAGCCUGCCGCAAAGCGCAUGCGGCUUUCGCCUGAGAUGGAGGGCCCGCAGCCCGCAGCUAUAGGCACAACGGUCUUCCCCAAGCCACCCAACGAUUCCACCGCAUCCCUCGCCACCGCUUCCACCGACUCCUCACCGCAGCCCAAGAAGAAGAAGUCAAGGCGCUCGCCCAAGGCCGGCGACUGGUCCAUCGUUCCCACAUCGGAGCAGGAGGUUGCGUCCGCGGCUGCCUGCGAGGAAACGAUGAGCCUGCCUUUCGAGUUGGAACGCAGCUACGCUCACGAGCUGGUGUACAGUAACAAGCUCGUGCUUGCACCCAUGGUGCGCAGCGGAGUGCUUCCUGCCCGCCUCUUGUCGCUCUACUAUGGGGCAGGGUUGGUGUGGACCCCCGAAAUUGUCGACAAGGCGAUCAUUGGCGCUCAGCGGAGUGUUGACCCCGAGACCGGAAUCGUCACGUACCACAAGGGCCAGGGCGCGAUCUGGACCACUCACCCCAUCGAGAAACCGUUUGUCAUUUUCCAGAUCGGCAGCUCCGACCCGAAGCUGGCCGCCGAGGCAGCCAAGGUUGUCGAGCAGGACGUAAGCGGCAUCGACCUGAACUGCGGGUGUCCCAAGCCGUUCUCGACACACUCAGGCAUGGGCGCCGCGCUCCUCUCCACUCCCGACCUCCUUCUCGACAUUCUGCGCUCCGUCCUCCGUGCGGUCGACGUCCCCGUGUCGUGCAAGAUCCGCCUCCUCGCAGGGCAGCAGGACACGCGGCACCUCGCGUCGCGUAUCCUGCGCACCGGGGUCCGCAACCUCACUGUGCACUGCCGGACGCGCGACAUGCGUCCCCGGGAGCGCGCGAUCUGGGAUCGCCUCCGCGACAUCGUUGAGCUCGGCGAGCGGCGCGGUGUGAACGUCAUCUGUAAUGGUGACGGCGAGGGGGCGGUCAACUGGGAGAAGAUCAAGGAGGAGACCGGGGCCAGCAGUGCGAUGCUUGCGCGCAGCGCUGAGAACAACCCCUCCGUCUUCCGCCCCGAAGGUCCAGUGGACAACCUCACCCAGGUCGUACCCAGGCUCCUCAACAUUGCCGAGUACACCAAGUGCAGCUGGGGAAGCAUCAAGUUCCUGCUGAUGCAGUACCGUCCCUCUCCGCCGCCGCUCAGCACGAUCAGCAGAGCGCGGCGCAAGGAGCUCAACGAGGUGCUGUCGCGGGCCAAGAGCGUCGAGGAGCUUGCGGAGAACCUCAAGAUCGAGCUCGGACAGGGCAAGACGUUAUUCGACGAGCUCGACGCCAAGCUGCGUGCGCGUCCGGAGUGGGCUGUUUGGGAGGCAAGCCGUGCUGGGUCGGAAGUGGUGGACCCAAAGCCCGCAGAGGUUCAGGAGGCACAGGCUGAGGAGGGGAACGUGCUCCUCGCCGCCGCUGCAUAG